AUGCCAACCUACUCGGAUCGCGAAAUACUCGGGCGCUUAGCGUACUUACGGUCGCUAUUUGGAAAUGGGAUCGAUUCGGGAGCGGGCUUAGAGUUGGUUGCCGUGAAUGACAAGUUCCCCCCGGCCGCGCAGGAGACCAAAGGAGAACCUCAAACCAGCCCUGAAGCUGCAUCAGUAGAUGCUGUUACCACAACAUCAGGAGCAGUACCACAGCAGGGCGAGGCCCGUGAAGACGAUACUUUUCACGAAAAGAAAGCAGCUGACGCGAGGAAAGUCGGCAAACAAGCUAGUACAGCGAGAAGUUCAACAUCCCGAGCGAAUUUCAUAGCGCCACCGCUCUUUCACAAUGACCGUCCCUGUUCCGUCGUAGACUUUCGCAAGAGCCUGGAAACCAACCUGGAGCGACUUCGUUCUCUACCUCCCUGUCCGAUCCUCGAUGCGGCCGAGAAGGCGUUCGGGCCUUUUGCUGGAGAAGCGAACAUCAAGGGGAAGAACAGAAGUCAGCAGACGUUGCAAAUUCCUGUAGUAGACCAUGCAGAAGAUUAUAACCCUCCCACGACCUCCGGCACGGCCGACUGCAUGGAUGUGGAUUUUGAGGAGGCAAGCGAUAAUUGUGCCCAGGAUCAUCUCGAGGAAAACGCCAACGCGGCCGCACCUGCAGGCCAGACGGAUGAAGAUGAGGCCGACGUCCGGCGACAAGCACUAGCGGACGCUCGCGCUCUGUUUUUUCAACAAGAAGACGAGGAUGUCGACGAGCGCAAAGAAUUCGAACGUAUUCAGAACGAACGGAAGAUUCAGGGGAACGCGAGGGGUACCAGGAAGGAGUUUGCAGCGGCGCCGAAGACGCGAGAGAACAACUACAACCUGGGAAACAAGAAGUUGUUCUCACAUCAGCAAGGUCGUCAACAUGAGCACACAGCGCUGCAAAUAGCAGUUUCCCGGCAAGAACAGUCGAAAGCGAAGGCAGACGUCGCUCUGGCGCACCUGAUGGCGUUUCAGAUGGCGGAGCUCACCGGGAAAAAGUUUGAGAUGCCGAUGAAAAAGAUGAAACCACUGUCGAAGAAAGAACAGGAAUGUCUCAUGCAGAUGAACAGCAAAAAGGACGAAGAAUUAUCGGAGUCAUCGUUCGAAGACGAAUGGGAACUGCAUCUGGAGAACAAGAAGCAAAAAGCGGAAGAGGAGGAGCUAGGACAGUUAGGUAAAGACGAGCGGAAAAAACGGAAGAAGGCAAAAAAGGAAGAGAAAAAAAUGGAGAAAAAACGGCUGAAGGAAGAGAAAAAGCGGCUGAAAAAGGAGCGAAAAGAGAAGGAACGAGAGGAGAAGAGAAGAAAAAAAGAGGAAACCUACAAAAGCAACUACGAGAUAAAUCACGAAAACGCCACUACGGGCGAAGUUUACAACUACGAAGAAGGCGGCAAAACCGUUCUCGGCGACGUCUGUGUCGACCUUGGGCCGGAGCGGGCUCUGUUCCGAAAACAGGUCAGCGCGGACAAAAUUGCAGAGUUGUUUGCCGACAAUCAUCUUCUGGAAAAUAAAGCCGACAACCAUGAUCUGCAGCAAGACCACGGCGGUGGCAGCAAGACUCCCGUUGAGUGGGCCCGGUACGGAAACAGUGUGAUGCUGAAUAUGACCAUGACCGGGACGGUACAUGGGCAAGACCAAACCGCAUCGGCGUUUGAGGAAGAUUACAGCAAAACUCCCGUGGCCUUCGACCACGCACCGCCCGCGAAAACGAGGGAGGAAGUGGCGGAGCAGCUGCUGGAGGAGGAGGACGAAAAAGCGGCAAAAGAAAGGGGCGAGGAACCCUUCAAGGUAGAGAGUUGGGAGGAACUGCAGAAAAUGGAAUUUCUACCAUUCGACAUAGACGACUACUUCGAUGACUGA